AUGUUACGAAUGCGCUAUCGCUACAGGACAAUCUGUCUUUCCUUGGCCUUCUUCACCGUUUUCUUCCACCUCCUCCUGGUGCUUGUCUCUCUUCCCAUUAACCAGCAGUCCUGUGACCCCCCGCUGACCCCCAGGACCAACAUCCUGAGAGAGCUGGCCCACAAAGACCAGUCCUCAGUGGGGAGCGAUGGUCCAGCUGAGGCCUCCACUGGGAGACAGGCGUCCAGUAAGGAUGCCAGGAAGGAUGCCAGGAAGGAUGCCAGGAAGGAUGCCAGUAAGGAUGCCAAACGAGCUCUGGAGUCUGAUCAGAGGAAGAUGGAGGCUCUUUUUGAUCAUCCUCUCUACAACAUGCCCGUCCCCGUCCCCGAGGAGGACUGGCUGCUGAAAGUCAAACCAAAAGUCCAUUCCAGUGACAAGAGCUCCCAGAUGUGGGUGAGUGCGAAUGAGGAGGAUAACGAGGACAUCCGGUGGAACAGCAGCAGUGACUCUCACCCCCCCUGGCUGCGCUUCCAUCUUGGUAUUUCCCGCUGGCAGCUGUUCGCUCACCGGGACCAGAACAUGGCGGCGCUGACUCAGCAGAUCGCCACGCAGAGAGUCGUCAGCGCAGUGCAGAAGUCCGGGGGGACGCAGCUGAAGCUGGUGAUGACAUUCACAAACUACGGAGAGGCGCUGCUGAAGCCCAUGAAGCAGGAGAGAGAUGAAGAAACCAACUACAACUUGUACUACUUCUCAGACUUUGAGAGACACAACGCAGAGAUCGCAGCGUUUCACCUGGACAGGGUGCUGGGCUUCAGGAGAGUUCCCCCUGUUGUUGGGAGGCUGGUGGAUGUUGUGGAGGAAAUUAAGGACGUGACGACAGACCGUAAACUGGCUCGGACCUUCUUCACUUCCCCAGUGGGCAGUGUGUGUUUCUACGGCCAGUGUUCGUACUAUUGCUCCACGGAGCACGCAGUGUGUGGUCGGCCCCACCUGAUGGAGGCCUCUCUGGGGGUCAUGCUGCCCGACCUCUCCCUGGCCCCCCGCCGCACCUGGAGGUCCCCCUGGAGACGCUCCUACAGCCGCAUCAAGAAGGCCAAGUGGGAGACAGACCCAGAUUACUGCUCCUCAGUGAAAAAGAACCCUCCAUAUAACAAAGGCACGAGGCUGCUGGACUUCAUGGAUAUGGUGAUUCUGGACUUCCUGAUGAGUAACAUGGACAGACACCAUUAUGACACCUUUGAGAAGUUUGGCAACAACACGUUCCUGAUUCACCUCGACAACGGCAGGGCAUUCGGCCGUCACUCCAAAGAUGAACCGUCUAUCCUCGUUCCUCUCGAACAGUGCUGCAGGAUCCGGCGCUCCACUUGGCUCCGCCUCCGUCUCCUCUCUCUUCCUGGUUAUCGUCUGAGUGAUGUGAUGAGGGCGUCUCUCUCCCAUGAUGCAUUGCAGCGUGUGGCGCCCCUCCUCUCUCAGCCUCACCUUUCUGCUCUGGACCGCAGGCUGCAAACAGUUCUUCAGACUGUGAGUCUCUGCGAGGAGAGGAAGAGGAGGGAGGAGGGUGAUGAAGAUCAGGUCAUUUAUGACGACAUCACUCACCUGAAGGGGGAGGAGCCUCCUGCAGGUUAGGAAUCUACUUCCUGUUUCUGAGGACACCUGGGAUGCAA